UCUAAAACAGCUCUACGAACCCAUUUUAGCUCUCUGAGGCUAUUAGUUAAAACAUUCCUGAUAAUGCUUGGCGCCGAUACCUUUCCAUAACCCCAUGCCGUGUUUAUUUAUUAAAUUCUCGGGUAAACAUUAUUCUCUAACUAGCUUAUGUGCAAAGAGCUGUGGUGAGUAAAAUAAUUUUACGCCAAGGAGACAUACUGCAGACGACCGGUGAUUAAAAGCGAAACCAGCGGCAGUUACUGAAUCCACGUGCGAGCGCCGUGUAUCUUUAGAAAUAUAACACUUUUGUCAAAAUGCAAAACUGCUUGUGUCUCCUGACUCGCUUUUCAUACCGUUCUAUCGGUGACAGUAGAAGACAAGUUGCCCUCGGGGGGAAGCUGCGAACCGAUGUUUCGUUUUAAUUCAUUCGCCAGUCCUAUCUGACAGAGUCAUGUUUCAGAAAUAUCACGUACACAAUGCCAACUUGGAUGUUUCUGGAUAAGAUUUUAUAUGCAAGAGUUCAUGUAAGGUGAAAUUUGAACCACUUUGUCUAGCAGCGUGAAACAGGUGCUUUUCAACUCUAGUGAAGUCGCAUCAGAAGUCGUACAACGCUUUUCCGAGGCAAGCAAUCCUUGUUGUAGGCGGAGCUGAAAAAAAAAUACUAGCGAAUUCGCGACGUAAGAGACCUUGUGUGUGUUUUGUAAAAAUAAUUCACCGCCAAAACGGUGAAGGAGUCAUGUGGAUAUCGGCCUUUUUACGCUGUGAGAUUCAAGUUAAAAGGGACGGAUUUUGCAUGCAUUUUGAUCGUUGAACAAACCUGUCGUGAAUUAUAACUGUCGAGCGAUCGAAUCCUUUUUAUAUUCGUACUGGAAAUUGACGAGCACGCAAAGUCUAUGUUUGACUUGUAUUUCAAUAUUUAACGUACGGCUGGUCCGCGCACCACCUUGCCUCUAGACUAUCUUAGCGAGAGGAGCAUGGGUUUCCCGCAGAGACUACAAAGCAUGUAUUGCCAUGAGGUAGGCGUUUAGAAUUAAGGAGUGCUGUGAAAGUUCAAAAAGGUACGCGCGGUCAUAUUUAUGUUCGUCUCUUUGAAAUAACUGUGAACUUACUUUAUCAGCUGUGACAGACUGGCACAUCUCUUUGUGUUUAGACACCUUCCGCUCAUUUGCAUUUGUUUGGUGCUCACGCUGUCGUGUUUAGCUCUGUUUAUAAAUUGAAUAAGACACAAACAAAAUAAUGUUUACCGCAGCGUGCGUGAGAAUACUUCGACAGACAGAACUAACUGUUAUAAAAUUGUCUGUGUAUAUGAAUUAUUUCCUACGGCACUGCCUAGUUUGCUUCGUAAUUGUGUUCCUAUUAUUGAAAACUUAAGUUUUGUCGUUUCGUUUUGGAUAAAUACAGGUUCGAAAAUUGUUAAAAAGGGUUGAUCAACUUUACAAUAAUUUCAGUGACAGAAAAUCCCCUCUAUAAUCGAAAAGACUAUAACUAUUCUGUUUGCCGUUUUUGGAGCUAUUGUCAGAGAUAGCCUUGUAGACCCUGCGCCGGGUAUGAAUCGUUCUUUCAAUGUAGAUUUUUUGUUAAUUAAAAAGAGUCUCAAAGCAAGUGAUAUUGGUCACAGGGUAGCAAGACACAUGAAAUAAAAUAGAGACCUUUCAUUAAUAAAAUUACAAAUCAAUUUCUAAUCUUGUGAAUUCUUGUCAUUUUGGACAUUGAAUAGAGGUUAUGGAGUCACCGCUUUUUUCGCGGCUUUUAGUUCCUCCAAUCGCAUAACAGUGGAACGAGAGUGAAUAUAUCGACUAGAAAAAAAAUGAACUCAUAAAAUACAAAUAGAUUAAAAGAUAAAAAGCAAUUAUUAAGCAAAUGCGAGUAAAGAUUAUCAAAAUAUAUAUAUAUAUACGUACUAUUAUCAAGUUAGUGUAAUGAAAUCGCGACUCUCGUCUUUCUUCGACGAAGUAGAAUUUUCAAUUGGCCAAUGAGAAUCUUUGCCAGAAACAACAAUUUUCUCGCUAGUAUUUUGAAAAUAUCUUUCAAGGUGUUAAUCUAACAACCAUUUCUCACUUUGUGUUAAUGUGCAAUUCAUUUCAUUUGCUGUGCAGCAAUUGUGGUUUUGUUGUUUGUCGGAAAACAAAGCGAUAUUUAAUUUUCUCUGUACGUGAAUAGCAUUGUGUUUCCUUCUUUUUCUUUUUCAUUUGAAAAAUCAUAGGGAACUCUCUUUUGAAGAAUAACGCCGAGAAACCCGAUUUAUUCCUGCUUUCCGUUUCAUAAUUCUUAGCCAGUGGUGUUCACCUUCACGAGUGUAUUUAGUAAGGUUAGGUACUUGAAUAGUAAGGCAAUGAUUUGCUUUUUAAACAUCGUUAUGUUCAUAUAUAUUUGACGAUAUCGUCCUUGGCAAACAGUAGUUAUCAUUCAGCUUCUUCGACGGCGAACCAGGAAAACCUUUUGUUUGACAGAUGUUUUGAUUCUUCAAUGACAUCUGCGUGCCUAAAGGCAGAUAUUGAUAAAUUGAAAAAAAAAAACUCAAAUCGCAUUUAUGACGUCUACAUUAAAUUGUUUCAUGACAAUAACUUGCUAAUGUAUAACUGGGAAAUCAGACUUUGAGGCCGUAAUUUCCUAUACCUGUGACAACAAACGAAGUCAGUUUAGUUGGUUGCUUGGUCGCAAAUUCGUGAGUGUCCCGACAGUCUGCAUUUAAAUUCUCUUCCAGUUGUUCAGUCCAGUUACGACUGUGUUGAAGACAGCAACAGGGAGCUCCACACAAUACAACAUCCUCGAGAAAUCCCAGUUUAAUCAUAUCAGCUUAAACUGAUCCUCGUUUUCUUUUGCUGUGUUGCCAGUCCGAUUCCUGUAUUUUUUACGGCAGCCCUGCCCUUCAAAUAGAUCUGCACUGUACGUAGAGCCGGACUUUACCGGGAUUAACGCCAGGAAACGUCCUCUUGAUAGAUUUGAUUAUUCUUUAAGUUGUUUGCAAAUUAAUAAUAUUUCUUUUUUUCUCUCUCUCCUUAGCAAUCGCAGCGGGAAUCCUUUAGUUAGAAGAAAGAUAACUCUACUCUGCACAUCCCCAAGUAAAAAUUCACUGCGUUUAAUGAAGGGUUUUGUGACAGGCAUGGAGGGCAUCGCGACCAAAGGUAAUAAAACAUUUUCCGCUGCUCUUAAUGUUUUCAUGUUUUCUUAAAUGACUGAUAAAGUCUGUUUCUCCGUAUUGUUGUUAGAGGUAUCGAAAAAUCAGGACCGCCUGCCACGAAAAAAUAACCUUGUUGUCGUUACAUGGGUUGUCUUAAUGCCUAUGAAUGUUACUUCUGGCAGGUAUUUUGUCAGCUUAGUCAAGCGUAGUCAUUUCUUAGUCAAGUUUCGAUCAACGUUGUUAGUCACACGUCGAAACUAGUACAGCCUUUUUUUCGUGGUUUUGUCCAACACUAAAAAAAUGUGAAAUAAGAAGGAAGCAGGGGCUUGUCGUUUUACCCCCAAAAGAUAAUCUGGUUCGCCGGUACUUGUUACUCAUUCAUUGGAACUGCUUUGUGACAUUUUUAUUGAAAACGCCGGUUAAGCUCUCCUGGCUAGUUUUCUCCACAUAUGUUAGAUAACAAGGAUAAACACUGGAAUCAUAUUGAACGCUGUUUUAAAGAAGUGUAAAUCUUAAAUGUAGAGACACUUUAUUGUCAGGCCUUCAUUAUUAUUUAUGCUUGGCAGUAUCGCAAAAAGAUAACAGACUGCCGACAGAUAUUUGUAUGCGACUGGUCCUUUCAUUUCACCACUGUUCAUAGACUCAACAACGAAGUCUUUACACUGCAAAAUCAAAAGAAGUGAUAAAAUAAUAAGUAUUCACUUAACCCGCAAAUCUUAAGAGUAAAAUUUUCUGACUUAAAAUCUGUUUGAUUCUGUCGAUAAAGAAGCUCUACCGAGUCACUAUUUGAUUGUGGCUUGCCAAAAGUUUUUCUUUCGAUUCUUUGACUGUCUUUUAAGGUCUCGUUUUAUACAAAAUGAAUAAGUUUUUGUCUUUCAUGAGUUUUGACUUCAAACGAUCUCGACCGGUGAAUUUUCGAGAUUACAAAACUUCGUUACGUGUUUCUUAUUUUUAAUCAUACCUUAGGCACUUUCUACAAUGUUUACUGACUGCCAUGUAAAAAAAAAAGAACAGAAAUACACAAGAAUACUCUUAUUUCGCCUUUUGUAAUUUACUCUACUAGCGAGAUAAUCGCUCUAACUUUGAUUAAUCCACUUCAUGCAAAAAUAUAGUGCCCUUCCUCUUUCCGCUUAACUUUUCAGCGUCGUUGCGCGGUAAUAAUCUGGAAAAGAUUAUCUCUGCCAUGUUUAUAAAUCCUUCAAAAACUUGAUAUUCAUUUACGGCUGAUUUGCAUCUUUUUCUGCUCUUGUUGUUCUACUGAAUGCUAUCUUACGAAUAAAGAAGAGGAUCUGUUCCUGGUAGGGAUUACCUCUAAAGACGAACCACGCCCUUUUAUAAGCCGUAAAGAAGCUCCAGCCAGAGGGAUUAAAUCUGUCAUUUCUAAGGUCAAUUACGUGAUAUGAAAUUUCGUUCUAACUAUUGAGAAUGUGGAUGAGAUUUUACGAUGUAAUAACCCACAUGAAACUUUUUGGCUUUACUUUCAUAUGGUAGUUAUUGUGAUUAGUAUCAAACAAAAUCAACUUUGGCGAGUUUUUCCUGAAACUUUAGUAUAUACAAAAACGUGCAAACAAAACUAUCAUUAAAAAUUAUGUGCAACGAAAAACUAAAUGGAACGUAUUAUGCAGUACUUCUACACGCUGCUAUUUGUUUCCAGUACUUUCCAAAACAAGAUUUGGUGGAUACCUUGUCCUUACCGAAUGUUUAAUUCAUGACAAUCUGGCCGGAAAGGAAUAAAAUCCCCUCACCUGCACAAAAAAGAAGUACAUGUACAGUCAUUUUAAAAUCGUGAUACUGUUUUCUGAAUUUGCCUUAUUGUAGAAUUUUGUCUAUCGAACAACUGAGAAAGAAAUAACAACGACUUUGAUAUAUAUUGCACGGUCUCGUUUAGUGGUAAAACGAAUUUCUCCGAACCUUACAAGUGCUUCUUGAAUUUUAUUUCGCAUGUGACACGAGAACUGAACGCACAAGGUAUAAUUUGACAGAGGCAAACUGAUGAGGUGCUGCAGUACAUUAAAAAGCUCUAAUGACGUCUUCAUAAAAACCUCGUGUGGCUAACACACGGCUUGAUAGAUAGUACUUCUAAUUUCUACUUAGCUGGAGUAAUUUGUGGUUUGUAUCAAGACGGUGUUAAUGUACUCUAAGAUUUAUGACAAAUUUGAAUGAAUAUUUAAUAAGGCUUUCUACUUUAUGACUGUAGUUACAUUUAAUCUUGUUUAAUCCUUUCUUGAAAGAAGAACUUCCCUUAGAAAUUAAAUCGCAGAAUAUUUUCCCAACGCACUUUUCAACUGAGAGUUUUCUCGUUCCUGCUCCAAUUAAAAUCACAAAAAAAAUACUCCAAAUCGGAUGCUAACAAUUAAAAGUACGUGCAGAUAUUCGUGCGUGGAUUAAAAAGUACGGACGUUCCUUUUUUACUUCAGGGCAAAUUUCAAACCUGAUUUAUCCGAUAACAAUACAUUCAAUGGCAGGUUUGUAAUACUGAUAAUGGCCGCUCUAAUAAUUCCAGCCUUCUGAUCCUGCCGUUAUUUGGGACUAUAUUUGUUGUGAGAUUCUCAGGAAAUUAUAUUGAUUAAAAAAUACAAAAAAAGACUCAGUAUUUGGAAUGUACGUUCUCGAGUUUUUCCUGUUCCAGCUUUGCCCUUUUUGCUUGGAGUCACGUAGGCGUGAUGGACUUUUGACUGAAGUUUACGUUUUUACUUCUAUAGCUUCUGUCGUUCCUUUAUAAAAACGUGAAUCAUACGUUUAUCCCUUAAACCUAACAACAGCCGACAAAAACUUAACGCAAAAGGAAAAAAAACGCGGAUCUUAUACUGACAAUAAGGGAAAACAGUGCAUGGUGAGAAUUAGCAGCUCAAGAGAUUUCUUUACAUAGCCACAACACAGGACUUCAUCUACUAACUUAAAACACAAAGCUACCUUGAAUGAAUUAUAAAAAGCAGUGCAUCAUUGAUCUUUCUUUAGUACGGUCGCACUUAAGGGCUUCCUGGCCUCCACAAACUCAAAAGAAAGAAUCAGCUUGUACAACAACACAGAAAAGUAUUGCCCAAUACUUUAUUUGAAAGACUACAUCACUUCCAAAGCGAAAGAAAUUUCUCUGCGUAGCACAUUGACUAAAAUCUUCAGUAAAAAAGUUCCCAAGAGUGACCAACGUCAAUUUUCUCCAAACAAAAUCCAUAAACCACUAAGAGGAAAGGCUAUGAGAAUUUAAAAAAUGAUCACCAAAGGAAAAAUGCUUUUAUCUUUUAUCAAAUUCUCUCAACUAGUUUUUUAAGGAAACCUAUUGAGAUCAGUCUGUAGUAUUGGGGAUUUUCAAGAGUUAUCAUAGUUAGCGUAUUUAUACAUCCAAUAUUCGUAGUCGUUUUAUAACGAUAUUGUUAGUUUAAACAACUUUUCGCGCAGGGAUGCUUUCAAGAGACAGCUUCUUUUCGGAGUCUUUGAACGUUGAACGAAAUCCUGAGCAUUGUACAGAUCGUUCUCUGUUUGUUUCAGUUUUUCAUAGCAAUUGAGACGCUGAAAGUCUGCAUUUUUGUAGUUUUAAUGGACUCUUUAGGGAUUCAUUGAGUCGCUUUUGCUUAACGGUGCAAAGAGCUACGUGAUACGUGGGUGAAGCUUUUCAUGCAGUGGCGGUACGGGACUCUCAUCAAAGAUUAUUUGAUUUCGACCACACCCAUUCUGCCGCUGCUCUGUGACUUGAAUUCUAAACACUCAUUGAAAGCUGCUGUAUUGUAUGAUUUAAAAACGGAGAUGAAAUGAAAUACUUUGUUUCCAACUUUUAAAUAAUCUUUUCUAAAUUCUUUUUCCUAACUGCUUAGAAACAAAAAUUCUAAACAGAUAAAUAUAAAUGAUUUGAAUCUUGGUCGCUUAGGAUCAUGUUUUAUUCUUCAACUCCGAAAAAAUGUAAAUACAGAUCUAAAAGACAGAACCACCUCGUUGCGUAUAAUAGAACAUGCACGGUAACGUACUUUUUCAUAUCAUUUAUUGGAAAAGUCACACUCAUUCUAUUUGGUUCUCUGGCUCAUAACUUUCAAAAGUUGUAAAUAACUUUAAGUUAUUGGCAAAGAAAUCUUCUGUCAUUGCGAGUAAUCAUCACAGUUAAAAGUUGGGCUCGUAAACAGAUUCAUACUUCAAUUACCCUACCAGCAGGCUUGAGUUCGGGGGAAAGUGCACGGGAACUCCCACAAAUGAGCCUGCUCGCAGGCUAUACUCUAAUAAAAACCCGCAAGGUCUACAUCAAAGCAGUAAGGGAAUUUCUGUACGACGUUUGAACCAUUUUUGAAAGGAAAACCUAUAUUUGUCAAUCUCAAUUAUUAUAGAAUGCGAUUGAAAGAUCACGAUACUUAAUACAAAUUCCGAUGUGCCUUAAGUUUUCUUCAGUUAUCACAUAAUUCGUGAAAUAAUACAAAAUAUGAAUUAAUUGUAAUCUUAUAAGAAAGGAAAUCAUCUAAAAAAAUAUUAGUGACAAGCCAUAAUUUGGAAGUCUUGUGAAUUCUUGAUUUCAACGGAAGAAUUUACUAUCAUUCAUGAGUUUGCAAAAAUCAAUUGUACGAGGAACUUUCCAGUCAGUCAUUAUAAUUUUAUUCUUAUCUAAAGCGUGAUGCAAAACCCCAUGCGUAUGUACACACAGCUUACUGAAAAAAUAACAUCAAAUUUACAUUUAAUGAUGGACAAUUUUAAACGUCUUUGCUACAUCUUUUGGGAUUGACCGGUUGUACAAGUCGUUGUGAGUUUUGGUACGGUUAUAACUACAAUGCUAUUAAUAUGAGGGCGACGAACUUUCAUGACUCCUGUUUUAGGCUAAUCUUUUUAGCGUUUAAGCAAUUACGCAGGCGAAAGGUAUUCUCUCAAUUAAAGAAAUGAAAAAUUCGUUAAUGUUAGCGGAGAGUGAGCAGGUUUACUACAUCUUUUCCAUUGUGAUUCUUACGCCUCCAAGACAAAAUUGUUUUGAAGAUUAAAACACGGUGUCAUGUUUUCUAGCCUCAAUAAAUGCAAUCUGUAUCAUCAAAAGAGCCGAAUUACAUACAAAUGUUUAAUUAAAUUCAAUUAUAUUUUACAACAUGAUUCAGAGUAAAAGUCUGCUCCAGCCAAUGUAUACAAACACUGGAAAAACAAAAGCGUUAAAUGUGUAUCAACAAAUUUUGUAAAUGGAAUAAAAUAGAAUACCUUAAUAGAAAAAUAAAUUAUUUAAAGCAUAAAGAGGACUUAAGUAAGAAAGGGCUUUGCAAGGUGUACGAAGCAAGUCAUGGCACGAGAAACUGAAAGGCGUGCCGAUAUUGCCUUUCUGUUCUUUCACAAUCAGGACCAGCACUCCUUUUAUCCCACGUGAUUAACACUACAAGCCAGGGCAGAGGAUCAGAAAAAAGAAAGUGGCCGAUUUAAUUUUGUGCUUAUACAUGAGUAUAGCCAAGAUUUCUUAAGAUGCCCUCAUGGUCUCAAAGUGAGACGAAAAAAAAGAUAUAGAAUGAUAAAAGAAAGAGUGUUUUGUGUGUAAAAAAUUGUGAUCAAUAUAUAGUCUCAAUUACUGACGUGACAUACAUAAUCGUAUUAGCACUUUAGACCCAAACUGCUUGUUCCUCCUUUUUCCCAAGUAAAAUAGGUUACCUAAUAAAAUUUUAUACAUUAUUCGUUCUCACAUGGCAAUAAUAUGCUGGUGAAUACUUCGACUUUUGAGCCUGCGAACUAAACCGUAAAACAUUCUCAGCUAUGACUUCACACGACAAUAAUUGCCCUUGAAGUACUUUAGAAAGUAAAAGUUCGAAAUUUCCUUUCUACCAUGCUUUCUUGCUUUCUGUCAUAGGGGUGAUAUGAUUCAUAGUGAAACUUGUCAAUCCAGCAGAUACUACCCUUGAAAGCUACUAAAAGGUGAUAACCCAGGCGGUAGCUUGGUCUCCGGUUGGUUUUUACAAGUAAAUCAAAAAUUUUCAGUUACGAAUUAUUUUAUUUUUUUACACACAAACGAGAGUGUUCUAACAUGCUUCUUUUUCAGAGUCAAUGGUACUUUUUUUCAAAAAAUAUAUAUACACAAACUUUAUUUUUCCUCGAAUUUGAGGGUAGCUUUAAACAACUAAUUAAUCUCCGAGAGAACUACAAAAAAGAGAACGACAAAAAUCUAAUGUAAGUUAAUAUGAAAAUACGACUAUCUACAAUAUUUACAAUUAGCUUUAGUUUGGGUCGGUAGAUACGUUUCCUUUCUCCCUUAAAAUCGUUUUUUCGAACCUCCAAACCUUGGAUGGAUAUUUUGUUGUUGUUUUAGUUUUUGUUAGGCUUAGUUCGGGGUCUGAAUAGAGGUAUUCUCUUCUUGUUAAAACUUAGAACCUAGUGCUUUAUUUGGUUUUUACCCAGUCUCAGCUAAAUGUAGCUUCUUGUCUACUUGCUAAUCUUAAUUCACAAACACAAGUUUGAGGACAGUGGAACAACAUUCGUCUGUCACGAACAAAACUUAUUCUUAAUACGUGUAUAAAAACAAUGGUGAGAUUUUCUACGGCUGUGUUAGAGAUGGCGUCAAGCCGACGACUAUUUCUUUAUUUCGCACUUUCCGCCUUUCUUUUUGAUGUCGCAAAGGAAAAAAAUUAAUGAAUAUAACUAUUUAUUAUUGCUGAAAUAAACAAUCUUCAUUACUUUUAAAUUGACAAAUUACAAACAUUAUGCAUAAAUUUUGUAACACUUGCAGGUUUACUGUUAUUAAAAAAAUGCAAAUAAAAUUAAUUACAGCCGUUUUCUCUUGAGAAAUUUUCGUUAGAGAAAAUUAAAAAGAUAACUCAUGAUAGAUUACGUUUACUAUCUAAAAGAUUUGACUUCAUCAAAAAUUUGUCACAAGAAAAUCUUCAAGUAUCUUUUACAGUGGAACCUCCACAUAACGAAGUCCUCGGAAUAACGAACGAUUUUUUCACCACAGUAAUAGUAAAAUACGUGAAAAAGUACCUCGAUAUAACGAAACCUUGGUAUAGCGAACAUAUUUUGCCAGUCCCUUAGCCCUUCGUUUUAUCGAGGUUCCAGUGUACUUACGCACACUAGGUCAAAAGUUCAGUGAAAAGAUAUGUCAAAAGUGAUAACGAGAAAUCACAGCCAACCGUCUUGAAAUGAAUCUGACGAAUAUAAAUAAUUCAAAAGUUUUUCAAAGUAUAUCAGAUACAGAUUUUUACUGGCAACUCAAGCCAUCUACUACGCAUUUUAUAUCACACGUGUGAUGAACGCUGAGCCCCUCGCCUCGACCAACAGAUUGAUACUCUGAAACAUUUUUUUUUAAGUCGAGCUUCUUGUUUUCUUCCUUGUCAACUGUUAUCACACCCUACGAGCAGAGCCUCCUUUUGUUUUCUUGGGCAAGGGGGAGAAAAGGCGGGCCUGCGCAUGCCUGAAUCGCGUCAAGCCUUGCAGGUCGACGCAGCCCUAUAUCCUGGUCUAGUCAAUCUUGUUGUCUUUCGUCAUACUGGUUUUUCGGGUGCGAGAAUCCUUUUAUUGAUAAUCCGAUGGUCAUUGCCGAGCCCGCUGUAGUAAGCGCACGGUCAUUAGGCCUGGGUCCGAAACUAUAUCUUAGAAGCAUGCCGCGCACGCCCAACAAAGAUCUUUCUUGGGUCAUGCAGAGUCUUUCUUGAGUACGACAAAAUUGACCAAGCGAAAGAAAGGCUGCUAGGGUGCUGUUGUCAUAACCAUUUACUUCUUAACGUGGUUCCCAAAUCAUUUUUUAGAAAAGUACCGUAUUUAUUCGAUUAACCACCCGGGUCGCUUAUUAAAGUUUUGGACCUUGCCAGUUGGCGCUUACUCCAGGUGGGCGCUUAUUCGAGGCUGGGCGCUCAUUAAAUUUUCACCAUUUUCAGCAAGAGUAGUAUGUUUAUUUUGCAACAAAAGGCAAAGAUGUAACAAGGCAAGGUUUCUGUAAAAUACUCUGAAGACAACUCAGUCUUCGAGGAAAGUCUCUCCUAGUAGUUAUCCAUUUUUUUUCGGGCGUGGUAGGGGGAACGGGGGUGGGUGCUUAUUUGAGUUUGAGUGGGAGGGGGUGGGGUGGGGUGGGGUGGGCGCUUAUUCGAGGGUGGGCGCUUAUUAACUUUUUCUGCCUUUAGGAUGGGCGCUAAUUCGAGGUUGGGCGCCUAUUCCCUGCUAUUCGAAUAAAUGCGGUACUCAUAUUGCAUAGAGCAUAGAGCAUCCAUUUGAAUAGUCGAAUGAUGGGAUUGGAUGAAUUCAAUAAUUAGAACCGAACAUAACAUGAUGGGCUCCUGCUCUAGCGAAUGAAAGACUUAGAAGUGAGUUUGACCAACGUUUUCCAGUUAUGAACCAGACUUUUCAGCAAGAAAUUUCGGGAAGCAAUUUCCGAGAUUGCUUCAAAUUAUUGAUUUCACGUCAGCAAAAAAUGGAUGAAGCCCCUUCUAAACAAUAUUGGUGCUAUUGAGGUACGGAAGAGAGGCACAUGUUUUAUUACAGAUCAUUCGCGAAAAUUCGUAUUUAGAGACUAAGGUCUCAAUCAGGCUUCGUAAAGAGUUUUCGAUCAAAAAUUCAAGACUUUUUCUAGGCUUUUAUUCCAAAACUAUGUUUUAUUUUCCUUUUCUCAUUAUGCACGACAAACGUAAGGUAACCACAGGCCAAUGCGGUCAUAUAGGAAUGUCUUGGCUACGUAUCGGAUUGAAUAAGAUUGUUCACGGGAAAAAACUUCACUAAUUAAGCACUUAGAUGCAGUAUUAAAAAGAAACGUCCACACGUUUAACUACUUUUCCAGAUUUUUUUCCAUUUUCUAGACUUUUCUAGGUCUGGACAAAAUGCUUUGCAAAUUCAAGACUUUUUCAAGAAUUCAAGACUCUGAAGGAACCCUACUCAAUUGUUUCGAUGUUCAUCGAAUAUUAUUUUUUUCAUUUUCAGUUUUCCUCUUCCAGAAUAGUUUAUUCCAUAUUUAUAUUCCCGAAUGUUUAUUUAAAACAUGAUCAACCGAUAAUUCUCUUUGACUAACUGAAAACUAUGUCAAGAACUAAAGCACCCUGCAUUGUUCGCAAUAAUUAUAUCACAAAUCGAUUUGAAACGGUUUAUUUAAUCCAAUUUUUUCCUUGCCGACAUUCCUACAUCAGAUAUUACUGAUCUCCUUCGAAGAUUCAAAAUACGAGUCAAACAAACAUAUAUAUUUUUACUGCGGCCGAAAAGAAGACGUUGCACGAGUUGUCAAACAAUUUAUUGAUUCUCCCGAAAUGCGGUGGCGAUAGACGAAGUAACGGUACGUCUUUCAAUGAACGAAUUUUAUCAUACCCUUUGUCUUUCGCAUCGAACGUGACAAAAUUUUAACUUGAAAUUCCACAACGGUUUGAAGCCAAUUUACAAAUUUUUCCACACGACUAAUAUUUGAAAAUACUUGCGGUCUAAUCAGAGCGUUCAAUAUUGCUCUCGCUGAUUUUCAUCAAUUUUCCUUCUACAACGCGUUUGAAGAGCUUUAAAGUGUCAGCCGAAUAUUCCUGGGAAGGUAUUAAGAGAAAAUGAGGUCGAAACUGAAAAGACUUUAAGAAUACCACAAGUUCGCGCUUUGAAAGGUAUUCGGUAAUCGUAAAAUUCCAUUUUUAGGCCAACAUCCUAUAUUGAUAGCUUUAUGAGUAAGAAUGAUAAAUUCAACGCUUCAUCGAGGUGGUCAUAAGAAACUACCAUCGGUACGUGAUUUCCGCUAUUUGAAAGUGAAUUCUGAGCGUAAAGAGCUCAAGUAAGAGAUUCGUUUCUGCGACUUAACUCGGACACUAUGCUGAAUAUUUAUCAUUCCCAAGAAUGUUCUUCACAUGAAGGCAAGUAUAAUUAAGUCCCUUAUUGCUCUGCGCAUUGCUCAACAUUUUUUAGCAGCAACUUAUACCUCAGAACUGCAAGGCAGUUGUUUAAAAUCUAACGCGAAGUUGUGAACGUCUUCAACUUAUUUCACUGCCCAUCUUCGAGUACAACUUGAUCUUUUAGGGGCUUACUUACUAGGAAACGCAAGAUUGACCUUAUCGAACAAGCAAAGCUAAAUACCGCAGCUUUAGAUAAUCCCUUAUGAAAUAAGCUGUAGUAUGUAUUGCACGGCCUAAUCUACGACCCAGUAUAUAAGUUCUGUGAUACUCAAGAAAAUGUCUAACCUCAGUUAAACACUCUUAUUUCUUUAAAUCUGUAAAUGUGAUUGCACAAAUGAAAUUACUUGACUUCAAUAUACAUGUAGUACCUGACAUUACGAAAAAGCCAGCUGUAAGCUAAUACUGAGCGUCGACCUUAGAAUCAAGGCACUCCUCAUUUGAGUUCAAUUCAAAAUGCUAGAAUGGGAGGAAUGAUACUCUUUGAUGUACUCUCAAUGCUGACAGUCGCAUAGGAAUGAGGGAAUUUAGACUUACGAGAACUCGAUCCAUAUCGAUGGUAUCGUCUACUGCCAAAGACUAUCACACAAGCCGCCUAGCACAGUAGUGUUUGAAGUCCUCUUCUUUCCACAAUUUUCAUGAGUAAGCAUAAUAAUCUUGGGCCAAACAACAACUGCAAACCUCGUAAAGUUAUGAAACUAACAUUCUUACGUCGCUUACCGGAAUUGAAAACCACAUGGACCAACUCAUGACUACAACUAAGCACUGAGCGCUUAACCUCCCAUAAUGGAUAAUGGAUACUGGAUUAGUUUCUUUUUAAAAUUAUUCUCUGGACUUUAGAGAAAAUGGAAUUCACGACAAUAACUCUGUGACGGAGACCAAAUCAGCUAAUGAAGGCUUAAUCCUGAAUACAGCUCUACGCCAUGCAACAAUCAAAUGAAAGAGAAUCAAAUCAAGCAGUUAUUCCAAAAUAUCCUGUCAGAGAUUUAGUUGAGUAUCAGCUGGAAACAUGAUGUUGACUAUGUUCAAGGCAAAGCAGCAAGACUAUUUUUCUGAAAAGAAUACAAUCAAUUUACCGUAAAUAAUUAUAUUCCUCUAAGGUUAUACCAAUUUCAGACUCGGUGAAACUAAGGUAAACUGAUAUGGACGACUUCAGCAGUCUUCGGAAAACUAUAGAAAAAUGCCACAUAGUUGCUUCCGAGAAAGAUACAUAAUGUUAGACCAAGAAAACCAGCAGACAAUCCAACUACCGAGUGCACCUUCCUAAACAAGCAAAUUGUCUCGAAUCAAGCAAUUCUAAUUUUCAAAUGCCUCAAAAAUCAAGGACUUCUGAAUUGAGGCAAGUAGGAGCAGAUUAUCAACCAACGAUCUCACCAAACGCCAUUGCAAGCAGCCAAUCAGAAAACGAAAAUGCAAUAAACAUUACUAACAAUUACUAUUUAAUUUUCCGGUUUACUAGAGAGGAAGUUUUCUCAAUGUCCAAAUCUUCAACAAGUCCCCAACUUGCACGUCUCUUGCACAUUAUUAUUACUAAUGCCUUUACAAAAGCAACUGAUACAAAACCUACUUCAGUAAUUACUUCGCCUCCUUAAGUCGUAUUUUUUAGCAAAAUUCGGAAUUAACAGAAAGGACUUAAAAUCUGCGACAAAACAUGGAACUUACGAAUACAGUAGGUUUUGUUUCUGCUCGAUCCACUUUGAUGAGAUGGUUUACGUCAUGCGUGUAAAAGUAUUAAUUGCAGUCCAUCCUUACUUAAUUUAAUGUAGCAAAACAAAAAAUCUACAAGUUUCAUUGUUAAGGCGGGACUGAACAAAACAGCUAUCAGAAGUUGGGAUCUACGCCUGGGGGCAGGGAACUUACCGAUAAUAUAGGCAGGGGCGGGGAUGCUUGUUGUCUCGCUUAGGGGUGUAGUUGUAAAUUUUGGCCUCGCUUUUGGGCGUUCAGGAGAGAGCGCCAUUACGUGUGGGCUGCGGAUGUGUGUAAACUAAAUAUCUAUAUCAAAUCAGCAGCAAGAGAUCAUACUGUUACAGACAACAUUUCAAAUAACACUUUUACCACAAUUAAAACCAGUGCCGCUCCAUGGUCGUCUUUUAAUGUUCACCUAAAGGGGUUAAGCCUUUAAAUCACAAGAGUGACCAACAUCAAUUUUCUCCUUACAAUGUCAAUACAUAAUCAAGAGACUGGGUUGUGGGAAUUGAUAAAAUGAUCACUUAAGUGGAAAUCCUCUUAAAACAAAUUCUCUCAGAUAUUUUUUCAAGGAAACGUGUGGAGAUCAGUGUAGAGAAUUUUUAUGUUGAUAUUGAGGCUGAAAGCGGGUCAAAUAAAGCCUGAGCCACACCUGUUUUGAUCCCCUUCUAAUUUUUCGACGAUCAUUCGCAUCUAUGCCACCUACCGGUCGGAUUUACCUUCAACUGUCUGGUGGAUGUAUAAGUCAACCGGACGCAAAUGAAUUGGGCGAUCAGUAUGGACUAUCACAGAGAAUGUUUUAGUUACUUGUCAGUAGACGUCGCUUUAAAUUGAAAACGAUAAAUUGGUAUUGUACACGACGGAAACGACUUUUCCUUCAGUUGCUCUAAGGUAUAUCAGAUAGGCUAUGGAUAAUUCACUAUCACAAAGUAUGGACAAAAAUCACGUCAAAUCUUACAUUUCAUAACUUAGUUCCUGAUCGAAUCUGCAAUUCACGUCUAAAAUGUAUUUAAGGGUGCAGAUUGAAAAAGAUUAACAGAUCGUAAACCUGAAUUGUUUGAAUAAUAAUGUCUGAUUUUGAGUUUAAAAAAAAAAUCAAUAUUAAGCAGAUAAAACAAUCGUGUUUAAGUUUUUAUUUAUUUUAUUUUAAAGGUGUUCUGGUGGUUAAAAAAUAGUUCAUUUUUAUCAACUCAAUGAAUAAUUUGGACAUCGCACAUGUCUAUUUUUGUUAUUAAAUACAUGUCUGUUCACCUACAGCAUUACCUACGAUUACAAUGCUUUAGACGCCGAAACAUUUAUAACUUAUGAAGGAAAAUUUGUACAUUUAAGUCCCUGAAUAGCCUCUGAAAACUUGAAAAGUGACUGGGCAUGGUCGUUUUUAUCGCAUUUUACUUCGUAAACACCUCUUAUAUCGCUAACUUAUGGACUGCAUAGUUCCAGCGAUGAUCUCGACUCCGGUGAGGGGAAGUUGAACGACAGCGUGAAAUCCUUCUCAUAAAGGCCAGUAAAAUAUCUGAAACGACACUGAGCGAAUCUGAACCAGAUUUUUAAGUCAUAAAAACACAUUUUUACAGUGAAAUAGCUUGGCUUGGCGAGGCGACAAGCACUCAUGCUGAUUUUGAAAUUUGUUUUUAUUUUACAUCAUGCAGCGUCAAUUAUUUUUCAAUUUAGGAUGAUUUGUCAGCGCUACUAGAUCAACUAAAUAAUCACAGAAUAUCACAUUUGUGGACUUGCAAAAUAGAGCAUGAUACAAUAUACAGGUAUAUAUCUCAAAGCACGGACUGGAUGUUUCGUGAUGCGACUUGGUAGUUAAUAUCAAAUUCUGUGCUUUAUUGCCGAAGGGGAAGUGGUGCAACAAGGAUAUUUUUCCCCAAAGUAAAAAGCAACAAAUCUUUUUAAUCAAUCGACUUCCAUUAUAGAUAAUUUUACACCACGUGAACCUUGUAUUCCCGUGUCUAUAGCUCCAAGCGAGGUUAAGCCUUUUAUGGGGAGAUAUUUAAAAUCAUCUUAAUUCGCCUGUUAAUCUAUUUUUCUUUUUAAUCUCACAAAUGUACAUUUAAACCUUGUGUAUAAUUUAUACGCUACAUCUCCAAUGUAAUCGUUUAGAAGAGCUCUUUAUACCCUAGCCCCUCCAGUCGAACUCUAAUGGGAAGUUCUUACGGAUUCACUUAAAGUUACGUUUUCAUUAAGGAAGAUUCAUAUUUUGAGAAAAACCUUGAUUGGUGUUAAACCCGAGGUCGAGAUAAUGUAAAUACACGUACUUUUCGUUUGACUUCUAUUGUGUUAAGAAACAAAAAAGGACAGCAAAGCGAUAUAAAAGGAUGCUGUAUUCACAAUAGAAAUUGUUUGUUUUUUCUAUUUCGAGUGAUGUUUGCCUUAAGCUAAAAUUCUCACGGGGUGUUGUAUGAAACAUUUUUCUUUUUCAUGGUUCUUUCUUUUCGCUUAUUCAUUUUUUUUUCUCAUUUUCCGUGAGGCCCAUAAUGUCAAAACUAAACGAGGGAUUGGAUCCAUGUGAAAUGCAUUGUUAACUGGUUUCUUUUAAAAGUCCCCUUUUCUAAACAUAGUCACGUAGGGAUUAGCCGAAUUGAAAAAUAUUCUUAUCGCUAAUUGUGUUGUAAAUGUUUUCUUCCUCCAUUUGUUGUCUUGCAGCAGAUGUUUUCGGCUUGUCUCUACAUUUUCCUUGUUCCUUGUUCAAUAUUUUAAAUAAAAGGCUAAGAACAGGAAAAGGACAAAAUGAAUUUAUCGCGUAAAUAAACUAAGUAGGCCAAGACUUUUUUAACUGUAACUAGUGGCGUCCUUUUUUUUUUGAUAACACAGAAUCAUCCAUUCUCGUAGGUGACAAUCGUUCGACGCUUUCCACUCUUGUUUUCGCGCCAUUUUGACACGUUGAUUGUUUUGUUUUGUAAUACCGCCAGCUGAUGCCCACACAAAUUAACAAACAUAUUGGCAAGUUCUCCUAGUAGACAGCCCUCACUAAAAGGUCAUCUUGCCUAAGCCACGACCUACAAUCUUCUUUUCACAACGAACCGAAUUUUCUUACUUUUCGCGCGCUGUUUUGUUGUAUACACAAUAACUUUUUACGUAAGAUUUGAUCCAACAGUAAAUUGUGAUCUCAAGGGCCGCUUGCCUUGCAAAUGAAUGGCAACAUGGCCAUAUUAUUCAAUCUAUCAAUAUAAUUGUUGAAGUUUACUUAGUUUUGUUGACAUUUGUGCACGAUGUGAAGCCGUCUUUUCUUCUGUCGUCACCAGUGGGGCGUAAUCAUUAUUACUUUCCACUUUUUCCCCUCUCUUGUUUCCUAUUCUCAUAUAGACCCUGCCGUUCUAACUUUUAAUGUCUUCUUUGGACAACCAGCUUAUUUUCUAGCCGGCGAAAUCGCUUGGAUUGGCCAAAAAUGAAAUCGACUGGUUAUCCUCUUCACUUUUCCUAGCCCUUUAAUACGAAAAUUUAAGAAGUAUUUUUUUAGCCAUCUCGUAACUAAUAUUUAACCAAACUGACCUUUGAUCUUUGAAUCUAAAUUCAAACAAAAUUCAAGUCACAUCCUGCCUGAUAAAUAACAAAAACAGGAACAGUUUUUGAUCUGAGCCUAUACAUAUUGGAGUUUUUUUCUUCUUCUUCUUUAUUUCAUGUUUUUUUUUUCAUUUAUUUAUUCAUUUUUUUAUUUUAUUUCAUUAUUUUUUUAUUGCAAUCAAGGUUUCCCUUUACCAAUGUACCAGCUAACCAAUUCAUAGCCGUCGUUCCCAAGUUUCUAACAUCAUUUCAAAGCACACAAGAUUAUCCUAUUGUUUCUAGUGAAACAAGGCUCCGAAUCUCACACGUACUUCGUUGAUAGCUUCCCAACAAUUCAACUACUCGACACAAGGCGUCGAAAAGAUAUGUGCAUUUUACGAUACGUGUUGCUAAGAGAAAAGAUUUUAAUUUUAAUUUUAGAUUAAAGAGCUUUCUUUUCCGUCACGUUUAGUAACGCAUUGGGGAGAUCUUUCAAUUGUUUCCAAGUUUAAUUGUCAGUCCAUAUUUUUUUGCUGUUGUUGAAAAUAGCAGACAAAUUUCCAAAACAGCGGAUUCGUGUCUUUCAGAGGUUUUUCUGUACGCGAAUUUGAUGAAAAGUUAAUUAUAUUACAGGCUAAAAUGGCACGAAUUAGGCUGAAAAUACUGAAAUUCAGAAAGGUGUGAGUUGUAAAUUUGUAUUUCGAAGACAGAAAUUAAAUGUACCGGAAACUUACCCGGAACAAUAUUCGACCAGAAAUUUGACUCUUAGUAUGAAACAUCCAGUGAUGUAUGUUUUGUCGGCCACCAAAAAGGCGCCACCGAAAAACUACACCAAUCCAAGGCGCAUAUUACUCGGGUUUCGUUUCCACGCAGAUGAAGCGGGGUCAGGAAAAAUUUUCCACCCCCGGCAACGAAAGAUGCCGUGCAAAGAUGGUGCGAAAAACAAUAAUCCGCGCAACUGGCUGCUUUGUGAAGAGUUCAGGCAUAACAAAUUUCGUGUUUGACUUCUACAUUGUGAUUGUCCUCAUCGUGAUGCUUGUUUUUACAGCAAUUAUUUGAUCAUAAUCGUAGAUUCAAUGGUGUGGAAAAAAUUCAAAUUUCACGGCCGAAUUCGAAAGGAGUCGGUGAAUUCUUUCGAUUGCGUCUCUUGAAAGUAUCGAAUGACGUGUUUGUUCUUAUUUUAUUUGGUGCGCAAACCAACUUCGCUAAUUUUUUUUUCUGAGCUUUGUUCCAGAAGGAUUUUUCGCCCUGUUAAGAUCCAAAAGAUGUAUAGGUCGGAAAUGCUAUAAGGACAACAGAAGCUUAAUGGGCAAUCUGGAUUAGGAUUUGUACGCUUCAUUAGGGACAGGAAAUUGUAGCGCAACAUUCAAAGGUGGAAGUCUGGUGACGAGGCUCUCGUCAAUGAAGUGUUUGACAAGUGAAUAUGACAGAUAAUUAAUAUAUGAAUUAGUUGGGUUGGCUACAACAAUGGCCUUGAAUCAUGACCAGACGAUCAAAAGAUAUGUUUGACAACGGUGAAUGGGUUUUUAAAUCCCCAAGUUGAACUAAGAAAACAAAGCCUAUUAUUCCACGUUGUGUUGGGUACAAAUGUUUUCAAUGCCGACUUUGUUCUGCUAUUCAAAGGGAAAAUUUCUCGGGUAAAUAUUUUUCAUUCCAAGUUGCGUCAAUAUCAUGACCUCUCGAGUUUUCAACAUCCCCCCUUGUCUGGGUUUUCUGUUGAGGUUGAGGGUACCUUUCAGCAAGAGAUACGAGUUAUCGACCCUGACGCUAUCUGACAAUUCGUUGACCGACAAGGCGGAGCUUCUAACCUAAACGUGCUAAAUCUCGUUUGCUUCUUUUCACAAAUUUCUGCUAAUUAUAUCGAAGUGUUCGAGGUUCAAUGAGAUCCUGCCCCAAAUCCACCCUUUUGUUUUGAUUCAAAUUUGCUUGUUGUUGCGUCGCCAGGCAUUGAAAAUUGAACAAUGCCUUCACAUUGCCCUAUAGCCCACUGCCAGUACUGUUGUUGACGGCGCAUAAAUACCGUGCUAAUUUCAAAAGCCAGGUCCUUUCAAUGGCGAGCGUUGCGCGAAUCAAUACAGUUUGUGAAAUUUAUCUUGUUAAGUUAUCUCACGUGUAUCGAGGCUGAUAUCCACGCGUUUUACUCGAGACAAGCGCUUGCAGAUAUUGCUUUAGUGACUUACACGUGUGCGAAUAAAUGCGAAAUACAAAAGUCAGCUGUCACUUUCAAUAAGCGGUCCGAGGUUGUUGCUUUUGACCGGCUAGGAAUCAUGAUCUUUCAGUCACGAACUUGACUCGCUUUCCAAGAUUAUGAUCGCUAGAUUUAACAUUCCGUUUUUGGAAGUCUCAGAAUGAGUGUCCUAAAAUUCAUCUGCGGUCAAUUUCUAGCCUUACACCUGCGUUUAUCACUGUUUCCUAUCUAAAAAACGCGCAAAGUUUGACAAGUGUUGAAAGGUGGGCGACCAAUGGCGAGUGAAGUAUUCACAACUGGGCACCAAUUUGUAAAAUUGGUGGUUUAGCCUCCGGCCAAUAACCUGCCGGACAAUGACAGCCAGGGUCACGUGUUUGGGCACGAGCAGGCUACACCAAUGGCAUUAUUGCUCCAGAGAGAUCGGAAUUUUGAAGUAUUCGGUUCGUCAGCUGGCUGACUCGCUUAGUUAGUAAUCCCAUUUUGGUUGAUAUCACCGAGUCGCCUUGUAAAGCCUUCUUGGGAAUGAGCGACCAAGACCUCCAACGUACGUACUUAUAGUCGAUGUGAUUCCCUGCUCGUCAAAAUAAACUUUCUGUUAGCGCCAUGACUCCCUUGGACGUUCGGAAGUAUUUCCUGUCACGCUUAAACCAAGGAGCUCUUAAGUUUUGUUUUGUGUUUCUUUUGCAGAGAAGCGUCGAAUAUCCAUGUGUGUCGGUUGCGGCUCUCAGAUUCAAGAUCAGUACAUCCUACGCGUCGCUCCCGACCUCGAAUGGCAUGCAGGUUGCCUGAAAUGUGCCGACUGUCACACGUACCUGGACGAAACUUGUACGUGUUUUGUGCGAGACGGAAAGACCUACUGCAAGCGUGAUUACGUUAGGUAAGCCAGUACGGUCCACUGCUGAGAAAUCAGAAUGCAAACGUAACUGACCGAGCGAUCAUAGAUCAUUUGAGAUCAUCAACACAUUCGUUCAAUUCGUCCGUUUAACCGUGCGUUAAUAGCUGCAUGACGUUGUGUUUUUCGAAGGAUUACUUCAGUAUAUUACAAAUACUGACGACAUAUUACUCUGGCGAAGGAAUCAAUGUUGUUAAUUAGGAAGACAGAGUAGCUGUGAUGGUUAUGACUGUAUUGUCUCUACAAAGCCAUCGUGUAACCCGUUGGCAAGAUAGAAGCCCUGAUUUCCCCCGCUGCGUAGGCUGUUACACAGUGGCAGUUUUUCGUGGAUCUCGGAGAAGCUAAUUACAAAGAAAUUCACACGGAUACAUGGUGGCUGGAGUUCAGGAAAUUCAGUUCACACAAGUUAUUCUUUGACUCCGCCUCUUUCUUAUUGUGGGUAAGCGAGGCGGGAAAGUUUGCCUACUCUACAAGCAGGAGACUACGAGUACAAUUUAGAUUUGUGGUUUUUCUUAGAUUUCGCUUUCGAUCGCAAUUUUGUUAGUCUUAGCGCCUUACGGCAAAGAAAAACUCUGCAGGAUUAGACUAAGUAGCGCGUGGGUAAGUUGUAAAAUAACAUUGACGGGUCACUUCGGAUGGGAAUAAAAUAGAAACAGAUAUAUUUGCGAAAGUCGUUCUCGGGAAGCACGUUAUUUGCUUUCUGGUCAUUGAGCGUAUUUUCUCUCUCGCUCUUCAGGUUAUUUGGGACAAAGUGCGCCAAAUGUUCCCGUUCUGUGACGAAAAACGACUUCGUGAUGAGAGCCAAGAGCCAAAUCUAUCACAUAGACUGUUUUCGCUGCAUCGCUUGCAGUAGACAGCUUGUUCCGGGGGACGAAUUCGCACUGCGCGAGGACGGAUUAUUCUGUAAAGAGGACAACGAAAUCGUAGAGAAGGCAACGGCUACAGCUCAAGCAGCUCACGUUCGAGGAUCGCAACGGUCCUCCUCUCAAUCAUCAGGUGAGCCAGUCUGUUUCUACUCGCUCUGUUUCGACGCGGUAGGUCUUGUCACUAAACGUAUCAGAAUCUAAUCAAAUUGGGGUCGAUAACACUAUUAGCAACUUAGAUUGACUCGGACCAGAUCAUGUGAAGAUUUCAGUUAAAUGCUUGAAUUUAUAGAAGUCUGGGCCAUCGUUUGUUGGUUAAUGGAUUUUGAUUGUGCUUAAUUUUAAGCCCUGUUUGUAGCCAAGCAACAUGGCUUUGCUGCCGGCGUUUGGCCAGCCGUGUCACCUAUCAACCAACCUCAAGGAGAAGGGGAGCGGGAAUAUUAUAACCUUCUCGCGCUUUAAUUCAAAAUUGAAUGUUUGUUGGCAAUAUCUUCUAUUCUCAAUUAUAAGGUUCAACACGGAUAAGUACUUUUGACAUUUAUUUCCGAUCGGGAAGUUUCCGUGAUACCUAUGUAUGACCCUUACAAAGCAUCACAGUUCUAUCACUGCUACUGUCAGGUUUAACCCGAAAUUCUGAAUUAACCCCUUAACUAUUCUUCAACAACUAAACUCGGGAUUUUCUACUCUCUUAACAGUUUAAGCACUUCCGCAGGAAAAUACAAAAUCUCAAAUCUCGAGGAUGUUUAAACGAGCAACGGUGUCGUAGCACCUCGUAGUGCUUUUAGCAGAUAUUUCAAUUCCAAACUUCUCAGCUCCAUAUCAUGACUCUUUGUCUUUCCCUAGAUAUACAGUAUUACUGUUUCCACCCUCGAAAUAUUAGAUUCAAUGGUGACUGAAGUAUCGUAAGUGUCAGGCUAAAAAUAUCGCGACAAUGAUAAUUCCUUUGCAGCUCACUCGAACGGCCAGACCGAAGAAUCAUCGCCACGGCGAGGCAAAUCAUCAGAGAAAACGACGAGGGUACGGACUGUGUUAAAUGAGAAGCAGCUACACACGCUUCGGACGUGUUACGCGGCGAAUCCGCGGCCGGACGCGAUGAUGAAAGAACAGCUCGUCGAAAUGACUGGACUUAGUCCUCGAGUAAUUCGUGUGUGGUUUCAAAAUAAACGCUGCAAAGACAAGAAGAAGUCUAUGAUGUUAAACAAGACCUCCUCUCACCACCAACACCAAGGACCGGGCUCUGAUGAUGGGCAGGUAUAAACUGACAUUAUGUGUUUCCAAUUUCCUACUGGCCUAAGAACGUAGAAGUGGUAGAAACAGUUUAGCUCCGCGCAAUUUUUUUUUUUUUUUUUUGGCAAUGUCACUUUGCCAUUAGCUGUCACGAUGAGCACGACAAAGACGGACGGAAAUGGAAAUAUUUGCGCACAGGUGGUGGUUAAUCGAGCUUGGCGAGCAAACUUAAGGCAGUUUUCACUGUUUUUUAUUUCAAUAAAAUCGCGCUUUCCUCUUGAUCCAAGCCUUUUUCUUUUGCUUGAACACCGUGCUAGGAGUUUUCUUGUUAAUAUAAUUGGAAGAAUUAGCCAAAAGGUGUUAAUUUUGGAUUGUUAGGCUUCACAGCUGGUAAGACGAUUCUUCGAGAUUUUAUAUCUUCACAGGCGCUCUCUCACUAGACUUCCUCCUUUAGAAAUGGCAAUCUCUACGAAGGAUUCUGCGAGCUUAUUACUAAACGAUCUUAAUGUUGAAGGAGAAACUUUUUUUUUCUUAUACUCAAACCCCUUUGAAUAAGAAUGUACAAAAGUGUGGCCUAUUAUAAAAUCAUCCAUCCUCGCUGACGAGGUUCAUCGACGCUUAGCCCUAGCAUCUGGUGUUUUUGUCAUCACGCGCACACAGAGUUGCUUGAUCUUAAUUUUAGAUAAACUUUAGACUUCGGCUAGUGCCUCCUUUCACUAUUCUGACUGACUGUUAUAGCUUGUUCUUUACGCAACGAUUUAGCAAAGAAAUGACAUUACCAUUAGCCCCAGUGGGAUAUCGAACUGUAUACGUUUUACAAAGCAAAACAUUGCCGCAUCCAAGUCAUAAUAAUUGACGGCAAUUUAUAUCCAUCCUCCCGUUUAAUCACUGUAUCUUUUUCUUUGCCGUUUACAAACAGAGUCCAACCGGUAGCUCACCGAAUGCUCUUCCCAGCCGCACGCUACCGCCAUCAGCUAUUUCGGGUGUUCAGGUUUUCGCUUCGAGUCUAACUCCACCAUCGCUCAGACCACCAUCUGAGGUCUCGAUGGGCGACCUUCCCAGCUACCAACCUUGGAAGGCCCUGAACGAAUUCGCAAUGCAUAACGAUAUGGACCAAGGUCCGUUUCAACAAUUGGUAAGCCUAUAAACUAGGAAGGUUAUCUUAUCUGUGACAUACUUCUUUUGUCAUUGUUCCUUGCUUUUUUAAUGCAAACUUACUGGGAAAGUUCUUCCACGCGCGAACCGCCAAGAUGCUGCUUCUUGAGCGGUUUAAAUUGCCAAUUAUACGGUCUCACACCGCUCUCAGCUAUUAGCUCUAGUAAGCAUUUAACCUGAAUUGUAUUAGCGAACGAUAAAUUGCGUUUGAAAACAAGCCACCGGACUGACUCAAAACCCUAAGGGGACCAUUAAACGAGUAACCCAAGCGUGUAUCUAUCGAGUCAGGCUUGUGUGUUUUUGUGUGGUGACACGAUAAUUACUCUUCUUCUGAAUAGAUGCCUUUGCCUAUUUUGCAUAAGUGAAUUCAAUGUACAAAUAUCCUUCAAGCCACUGCGGUGUGCAAAUUGACUUCAUAGGAAGAUGAAUCAAACAUCUUAUAUUUCACCGAACAAGCAAUUUUUAAAACUCCUUCAUGGAUGCGAGGUUUCUGUGAAUCAACCCUCGACUUGGUCUUCUUUUGUCUACAUAUUAUCAAGGAUGCUUCUUUUGGCUCAAAUCUUGCGAAGAAUUUAUUCAUUCCCUUGUCUUCUCAUUUUUGUUUUCGUUCUAUUUCAAUCACUGGUUCUAGCUAGAGUUCUAUCUUUCGGGUAUUUUAACGAAUUCAGUUACUGGAAAGUGAAAUUUGUCAGUAUUGUAUUUCUUUGUAAUCUGUCCUAAUUGCCUCACACCUUUGACAACAAAGCUUUUACGGAGCAAAGGAAACUGCUUGAAAUAUUUUCUUGUUCCUUAAAAAGAAGGCCACAAAUAACACACAAAGUUGCAGCAGAGUUUUAAAAAUUGUUUCGUAGACCGUAAAUUUUUCAAAGAAGACAAACUUUAAUCUUUUUCAGAAUAAAUUCGAGGCCAUAACGAACGAUCCUCUGAGAGGACAUUGUGUACGAGCUAGCUGAACAUCUUUAAGACAGCGAAAAUACAGUUUCUUGUAAAACAAGUUUUCCUCGGCAGCUGUGCUCUACUGAAUUUCAACCGGUAUUUUAAAUUUUUUUUUUUCUUGUCAGUCUUUAUCCUUUCCUGCUGGUCCUCUGGUCUGUGUACGCUCAACGUAUUUUCAAUAUUGGUUUUUGAAAGCCUCGAGUUCUAUUUAUAUUUCAAUGCAUAGGUUGUACUUAUAAGUUAUAGCUAUUUUGUGGAUGAAAAGUUCAAACCGUCUCAGAACAGUAUCUGAACUGGCAGGAAGACCUAUGUGCCCAAUUGUUAACAAAGAUAUAUUUUUGACGUUAGCUACGCAGCGGGAUGUUUGUUGAGUUAACCGUGAUAAACAUCUAUUUCCCAGCGUGUGGUAAAAGAGUUCAUUUAGCGAACAAAAGGCACAUGCGUAAAGAAACCUCUCGUACCACUGUAUUCAAUGGCAACAUUUUUCUACAUACAAAUCGAGACGAGGAGUGUUGAUAAUUCUACUGACAAACAACAUGCACCAGAAGAAUAAAAACGCUUCUGGCAAAGACCACCAACCGAAUAUACAAACAGACCAAGAAUAGAAAUAUGAAACAGUUCGCACAAUUUCCAAAAUGGACUCUUGAGCCCGACGUGCUCUGACAAAACGCUGCAUGUGUCUUUUUAAGAAUUCAUCGUUUGUUUGUUCUUGUUGUGUAGACAGUGCUUAUCUCGCGCGUUUUUUUUCCUUCCUUUCCUCAUCCUAACCGCAGUUCUCUUUUUCCCUUUGAUCUCUGUUGUUAGGUACAGUUUUCAGAGCAAGCCCCGCAUAUGGUAUCGCGUCCGCAUGAGGGAAUAGGCGCAAAUUAACUCUUCUCCCGAUUUUAAAAAUGCAACAAGAUGAAAAAUUGAUCACAGACGCGAGGACAUUGGGCAUCGCCGCAGCGAUCGCAUGCCGGAAAUCUUAAUUUAUUUCUUCUAUAGCGAGCAACAAACAUUGUGUAAAGUGUAAAGUUCAAUUAUGGAAAGGAACGAAUCUUCCCUAUGUUCCGUCAGUGUAUAUAUUUUAUGGAAUAAGUUUUACGUGUUGAGAGAGGAGCUCUCAAAAAAUAAAGUCUAUAAUAAUUUG